GUCGUAUAAUAUAAAAUGAUUUCACACACCACCGUCUUUUCUCGGUUCCUUCAGGUCAGUCGUAUCCCAUCCCCGGAAAACCAGUUCAGUCCACACUCGUCAACUCAUCCUGCUGAAAUGUCGCGGCCAAGAGUCUUCUUCGAUGUCACCCUUGACGAUAAACCCAUGGGCCGGAUUAUUAUGGAGCUCCGGGAUGACGUUGUUCCCAAGACCGCUGAAAACUUCCGUGCCCUCUGCACUGGUGAGAAGGGCUUUGGUUACAAGAGCUCCAUCUUCCACCGCAUCAUCCCCGACUUCAUGUGCCAGGGUGGUGACUUCACCAACCACAACGGAACCGGUGGAAAGUCCAUCUACGGUAACAAGUUCGGUGAUGAGAACUUCACCCUGAAGCACACCACCGCCGGCAUCCUGUCCAUGGCCAACGCUGGACCAAACACCAACGGGUCCCAGUUCUUUAUCUGCACAGCCAAAACCGCAUGGCUCGAUGGAAAGCACGUGGUGUUCGGCGCCGUGGUGGAGGGUUUGGACGUGGUGGCGGCAAUGGAGAAAAAAGGCUCCCAGAGCGGCAAAACCAAUGGCAGGCUCGCCAUCGCCGACUGCGGGCAGCUUUGAGCUGGAGCUCUUAACCCUUUCUGCUCGUCCUGUAACCCCCUCCCCAUCGCCAUUCCACAUUCCUGUUGAUGGAGAUUCAAAUGACCCCCCCCUUCACCUUCCCUCUUGGUUUUUUAUUCUGUUGAAAUCAUGUUGCUGCAUUUGUGACUUUGCCUUUUGAAGUUUAUUUUGCCUUAAUGUUUGUUUCCACAAAGUCCCAACAGUUUUUUGUUAAUUCAAAAAAUGAAGAAAGUAAAACUGAAAAGUUGCCUUGACAAUUGAAA